AUGGCUCAGCAGAGUUAUAUAAUACAGGUAGAAGAAGGGAAGGCCGCCACCGAUGGAAAACCGUCGAUCGGCCCCGUUUAUCGGAGUCGUUUUGCCGAGAAUGGAUUCCCUGCUCCGAUUCCUGGAAUGGACUGUUGUUGGGAUAUUUUUCGAAUGUCAGUUGAGAAAUAUCCGGACAACCCGAUGCUUGGUCACCGGCAGAUUGUGGACGGGAAAGCUGGAAAAUAUGUGUGGCAAACUUACAAAGAAGUUUAUAACAUUGUAAUAAAAGUGGGGAAAUCCAUCCGGAGUUUUGGUAUUGAGAAGGGAGGAAAAUGUGGUAUUUAUGGUGCCAAUUGCGCAGAGUGGAUAAUGACCAUGGAGGCCUGCAAUGCUCAUGGACUCUCUUGUGUUCCUUUGUAUGACUCUUUAGGUGCUGGUGCUGUGGAGUUUAUCAUAUGCCAUGCAGAAGUUCCGAUUGCUUUUGUGGAGGAAAAGAAGAUUGCCGAACUAUUUAAAACAUUUCCAAACUCAACAAAGUACCUGAGGACAAUUGUUAGCUUCGGGAAGGUAUCAUCUGAUCAGAAGGCAGAAGCUGAGAAGCAUGGCUUGGCAAUAUUUGCAUGGGAGGAAUUUUUGGUGUUGGGAGAAAAUAAACAAUAUGAUCUUCCAAUAAAGAAGAAAAGUGAUGUCUGCACAAUAAUGUAUACCAGUGGAACAACUGGUGAUCCCAAGGGAGUAUUGAUUACAAAUGAGAGUAUCGUUACUCUUAUAGCAGGGGUGAAUAACCUUCUAGAGCGUGUAAAUGAACAGUUGACAAUGAAGGAUGUUUAUAUUUCUUAUCUUCCUCUUGCACAUAUCUUUGACCGGGUGAUCGAGGAGUUAUUUAUUUCACAUGGUGCCUCAAUAGGAUUCUGGCGAGGGGACAUAAAACUAUUGGUCGAAGAUCUUGGGGAGCUAAAGCCAAGCAUCUUCUGUGUUGUUCCUCGUGUGUUGGAUCGAAUCUAUUCAGGUUUACAACAGAAGGUUUCUGAGGGAAGCUUAUUCAAAAAGACAUUGUUUAAUGCGGCAUACUCAUUCAAAUUCUAUAACAUGAGGAAUGGCUCCAAACAUGGGGAUGCAUCUCCUUUUUCUGACAAAAUUGUAUUUAGACAGGUAAAAGAAAGUUUAGGAGGGAAUUUGCGGAUUAUUCUAUCCGGAGCAGCACCUCUUUCUCCUCAUGUGGAGGAGUUCCUACGAGUGGUGGCAUGUUGUCAUAUUAUGCAAGGAUAUGGCCUGACAGAGACUUGUGCGGGAACUUUUGUCUCGUUACCGAAUGAGUUGUCGAUGCUUGGUACUGUGGGGCCUCCGGUACCAAAUAUAGAUGUCCGUCUAGAAUCUGUACCUGAAAUGGGAUAUGAUGCCCUCGCAAGCACACCACGAGGUGAAAUUUGUCUCGGGGGAAAAACCCUGUUCUCAGGGUACUACAAACGUGAAGAUCUCACGAAUGAGGUCUUGGUUGAUGGGUGGUUCCACACAGGGGAUAUCGGUGAGUGGCAACCGAAUGGAAGCAUGAAAGUUAUCGAUCGAAAGAAGAACAUUUUUAAGCUGUCGCAAGGGGAAUACGUUGCUGUUGAGAACCUGGAGAAUGUUUACAGUUCCGCAUCUGUUGUCGAAUCGAUAUGGGUUUAUGGGAACAGCUUUGAGUCCUUCCUUGUUGCUGUUGUUAACCCGAAUAAGCAAGCACUCGAACGCUGGGCCGCCGACAAUGGUGGAAGCGGCAACUUUGAGUCCAUCUGUAAAGAUCCCAAGGCCAAAAAGUACAUACUCGGGGAGCUCACUAAGACAGGCAAAGAGAAACAGCUGAAAGGUUUUGAAUUCAUAAAAGCCGUCCAUCUUGACCAUGCACCAUUUGACAUGGACCGUGACCUUCUCACCCCAACAUUUAAGAAGAAGAGGUCUCAACUGCUCAAGUAUUAUCAGAGUUCGGUUGAUGACAUGUACAAGAGUGUAAACAAGCCGAAUGCUUGACCAAAUCGGGAUCCUAAAGUGGGUUGUUCUGUUCAGACUUAUGGAGGAGUUGCUCUUUCUGCUCUUUUCGUUUAGUUUAUACUUGGGUCUAAGGUAACUAUUAAUAUUUUUUUUAAUUUAAUAUUUUACAAUUUUGAACAUUCAAUGAAAAUGGAUUGUUUUAUGA